CUCAAAUUUUCUACACCCUCCCUCUUUCAGAUCCUCUCAAAUCUCAAUUCUACCCUUCUCAAUUUCCCCAAAUUUCUAAUCCCAUCCCUCAGAUUCAAUUCCCAUUUUAAUUUCAAUUUCUAGGGUUUCGAUAAUCUCACCGGUGAGUGAAUGCAAACAAAAAUGGAGGACCUUCCUCUUCCAACACUGUUUGAACAAGCUCGUAAGAUCCAUUCAACCGCCACAGACUCCGGCGCCGAUCAGGAGGUGGUGAAGAAGGGUUUGGAGGCUCUGGUGAAAUGCGAGGACAUGGUAAAUAAGCUUGGGUUGUUCUCAACUAAUGAGACCAAGGAAGAUAUCAGCACCACCAAUCUCAAAUAUCUCCUGGUGCCAUUUUAUCUUGCUGAGUUGACUGAAAAAGUUGCACAAGAUGACAGGAUACAGAUUCUUAAGGCUUCCCAGGAAAAAUUAAAGGAAUUUAUAUCACUAUGUGAGGCAAUGGAACUUGUACCAAAGGAGGAAUUAGAAGCAUCUACGCAAGGAGUUCCAAAUUCACCUGCUGAUCAGAGGGCUCGCAAGAUUGCUCGGUUCAAACGCCAAAAAGCUGCAGAAGCAAAAUUGCUGGAAAUAAAGGAGCGGAAGGAGCGGCGUAGACGUUCUACCAAAGCAGCUGCCUUAUCCACUCCUGUUGAGGCAGGAGAGGAAGAUGAGCUGGAUGAUGAUGGAGAAGAAGAAAGAGAGGCCUGGCUUACCACCAUCUCUUUGGCAAUCUGUAAGACCUUUGAUCUUCUGAAACUGCUGAAGGAGGAGGAAGAAAUUCUCUGUGCUGUAAAGGAAAAGAAAUCGAAGGAAGGGGACAAGGAGUUCUCUCAAGAUGUUCUUGAUAAUCGCACAAAGACAGUAGAAGCUUGGCAUCGUGAUGCUGCAGUCCGAGCUCGGUAUACCAAACCAGCACAACCUAUCACAUGCGCUGCAUUUGCUCAAGAUGUUCUAGAAGGUAGAGCAAAGGUCUCUGAAGUACAUGACCACAAACACCAGCCAAUGAUAUUUGGUCCAGCGAGUGUUGUGGGUGGAGGCUUUACAAGUGAAAGGGAAAGGAUGGCAGCUCAGGUUUUUCAACCUACUCACAGGUUGCCAACCAUGAGCAUAGAGGAAGCUGGUCUAAAAGAGAUGGAGAUAAUGAACAAAUGGCAAGAGCGGAAUGUGAAAUUGAUGGAGGAAGCCAAUCACUCAUGGUACAAGGACAAUCGAAUGCCGAGGCCAGGUGAAGAGGACGAUGAAGAUGAUGAUGCUGUCGUAGAGAAGGCAAGAAGAUGGGAUGACUGGAAAGAUGAGAAUCCUCGGGGUGCUGGUAAUAAGAAGCUAACCCCUUGUGGGUAAAUGUGGCACAGACCGAUUAUGUAUUCUCAUCACAGCUAAUUAAUACCCUUUUUGUGUUCCUUUUUCUAAAAUUUUGGCUGACUGAUAUUGGAAUUACAAGUCUUGUAGUUGGUGUGGUCUCCCUGUAUCUUGAUAGCUGAACAGUUUUAUGUAUAAUAGACAGAUGAUCGUUAGAAAAUAAUUUUCCAAGUUUUUUGCAA